AUGACUUUCCGUCGGCUUCAGACGAUGACAAAGCACCCUAGUGCAAAGGCCAUCAAUAUAGACAAGCUGAUUGAAGACUACGGCGCUACUUAUUUCCGUGAAGCACUUGCACGCUAUAUCACACAACUCAGCCACACUAAUGGUCCAUGCCUCUCUAGUCAAACACUGGAUGUGUUGGCACACGACGUCCAUCUCCCAUUCCGAAGUCUUCCAGUUUUCCACAAGAUCAAGUGGCUCUCGGUGGAUACUCGUGAUCACGGCAACACAACAGUCACAUUGGACUCUGUGCAUGCCAGACCACAGUGGAGCUCAGGUUCUUCUCCAUUGGCUCGUCGGUCAGAUACAGCUCUUCGCUGGUAUACAAGGCUUCUGCGUUGGCCAAGUACGAGUCAUUUUUUCAUUACCACCAAAGUCACUUCCGCUCCUUUUGCUGCCAACAGCCCAGGUACCCAAACACUUAGCUUACAUCGAGUGGUUUACACCAUUCUCUUCAGCUCCUGA